UCUAUAUCACAAUGAGGAUGCACUUAAACCCUUAAUUUGCCUUGUCAAUAUUUCAACAUUGAAAUACAACACAUGAACACACAUGAACACACAUGAAUUUCACAUCAUUUUAGGUUACAAGGCGUUCUAGACCAAAGUACUUCCCAUACCUAACAAGUUACAUACAUGUACUCUUUUAAUCCAUGAUAGCCUUAGUUAAUUUCCAGGAAUGGACCCUUACCGCUGUCUUGUUCCAAGCACAAGAUCGCCGCUGAAGCUCUUGGGGCUUCGGUGAAUGACUCGUUCGUCAAUCUUUAAACAGCUCAUUCAUAUUGACUACUAGGUUAGAAACUUUGGGUCGAAUCUUUUCGUACCGAGUAAUACAUUACAUACUACAUCCGUACUAUCGAACCGUCCUUGUAGAGUUUCAUAGAACGUGAGACGGGAUUCAAGAUGCGGUGGGACCUGCGUGCUGAGAAUGCUGGGCAUGCUCCGCCGUCUCCGGCAUCGCGUCAAACCCCUUAUCAUCGUAAUCCAAUCGCUGCAUUCAUCGUCGUCAUAAUAUUCGCUCCGACCUUACUAUUACUUACAUCUUUUCUGUCGGGGGCUUCGCUGCAGGAUUUCAGCCUAUGGGGGAGUCUCCACAGCGGAGAGAGUGCAACGGCGUCAACGGCGCAUCAUGAGGAUGAGUACCUCAUUGGAGUAGGCAAGGCUGACAUAACUGGCCCCUGCGUCGAGAUCAACUUGAUGGGAUAUGCAGACCCACAUCAGAUCGGAACUGGUUUGCGUCAACGACUCUAUUCGCGAGCUUUCAUCGUAGCCGACCCUGCCAACCCGUCCGAUAGAUUCGUAUAUCUCGUUCUUGACACACAGUCGGGCGAUACCGCGGUUAGAUAUGGAAUCCUGUCUGGUUUAGAAGAGCUUGGGUCCGAGUAUGUGGACUAUGGCCAUCACAAUCUAGCCGUCACCGGCACUCAUUCACAUUCGGGCCCUGGUGCCUGGCUGAACUAUCUGCUGCCUCAGAUCACGAGCAAAGGCUUCGACCAGCAGAGCUAUAGGGCAAUAGUUGAUGGUGCUCUCCUAUCUAUCCGCCGCGCGCACGAAAGCUUAACACCGGGGAGCCUCAGCAUCGGAUCGACCAAAGUAUUUGGGGCGAACAUCAACCGAAGUCUCUUUGCAUAUCUCGCGAAUCCAGAGGAAGAGCGUGCAAGAUACAACAUCAGUUCUGAAGACGAUGGAUCUGUGGAAAAGGAUCUAACGCUCCUUAAGUUUCAGCGAGCAUCAGAUGGCAAGAACAUUGGUGUCUUGACUUGGUUCCCUACUCAUGGCACUUCGAUGCUUGGUAAUAAUACCCUGAUAUCUGGCGAUAACAAAGGAGUCGCGGCAUAUCUAUUCGAGAAGAGCGUUGCUGACGAUGAUACUGCCGCCGAGGGAUUCGUAGCCGGGUUCUCCCAGGCCAAUGUUGGCGACACCAGUCCUAAUGUCCUUGGCGCAUGGUGUGAGGAUGGGUCAGGGGAAAGGUGUAGUUUUGAAAACAGCACCUGCAGUGACGGAAGAUCCCAAAAGUGUCAUGCGCGAGGGCCUUUCUUCACGGAAAAUGACCAAGGAACUUCGUCGUGCUUCGAGAUUGGCAAACGUCAAUUUGAGCCUGCGAGAAAACUGUACGACUACCUCAAUGAAACACCAACGCCGGUCACCGGACGUGGAGUCAAAUCCUUUCACACUUUCCACAACAUGUCGAAUCAUCGAUUUCAACUUUCAAACGGAACAGAAGUUGAGACAUGCCCGGCUGCACUCGGCUACUCCUUCGCUGCCGGUACUUCGGAUGGUCCCGGAGCUUUCGAUUUUACUCAGCAUAAUAACGACUCUUCCAAUACAUCGCCGAUGUGGCAUGUAGUCGGUGGCUUACUCAAGGAACCAUCGGAAGAGCAGGUUGCGUGCCAGUCCCCUAAGCCAAUCUUGCUGGAUGUCGGUGAGGUUUCCAGCCCGUAUCAGUGGACGCCGAAUGUUGUCGACAUGCAAAUAUUCCGCGUUGGACAGCUGGUGAUCAUUGUCAGUCCAGGCGAAGCGUCUACCAUGGCCGGAAGGCGGUGGAAGAACGCUGUUGGCAACGAGGUGGCAGCCUUGUUUGCAAGCGAGACUCUGUCAGCACCCCCCGUCGUCGUUCUAGGUGGACCUGCGAACAGCUACACGCAUUACAUCACCACGGAGGAAGAGUACGGGAUUCAGCGUUACGAGGGUGCGAGCACACUGUAUGGGCCGCACACAUUGGCAGCGUACAUCAACGUCACCCUAUCAUGGAUACCGUACCUCAGUUCGUCGGCUAGCAGCCGGCCGCCAAGGGGUCCGGAGCCGCCGAACAACAGCAACCGAAGCCUUAGCUUCAUCCCGCACGUCAUUCACGACUCGCCGCCAUUCUUCAAAGGCUUCGGCGAUGUCAAGCAGGACGUCGAAGAGGUCUAUCACAAGGGCGCGCAGGUCACGGCGACGUUCGUCGGUGCUAACCCGAGAAACAACCUCAGGCUCGAGCAGACUUACGCCGUGGUGGAGAAGUUUGUCACUUUGCCUACUACUGCUACUGACUCUAAGGAUGAAGAGUUACGCAAGGAACGCCCGCGGGACCAGGAUGCAUGGAAAGUCGUGCGUGACGACGGCGACUGGCACCUGGUCUUCCGCUGGCGCCGCACCAGCGAGCUCCUGGGUACUAGCGAGGUCGACGUCACGUGGGAGACGGCGGCGGAUCCGGUGGCGGAACCGGGGCGGUACCGUCUGAGAUAUUUUGGUGAUGCGAAGGGGCUCACGGGGAAGAUUACGCCGUUUGAGGGCGUUAGUGGGGUGUUUGAGCUUGUGGAGCCGGAGAUGUGAUGUUGCACGUGAAGCGGAAGCUAGAAGGCUUGUCUUUAGGUAUUCACGACAUACGAUAUCUUUAGGAGUUUGGUCUUACAUCCAGAGUGCCUAGCGGGCAUUACCUACCUACUUGCUUAGGUAGGCACAUGUGGGUAGAUAUGUACGAUCUCGUUUCGUUACGUUAGGUUAGAACACUGAGGGCUGCACGUGUAUGUGCAAAAUUGCUCAAAAGUCCCAAGGGCCUGGUAGAAACUGUGUACCUACCUACCUUGGUAGGUAUAUACCAAGGUAGUAUGUAUGUGUUAGGUUAGGGUUCAUCGAGAUCCGAUAAUACGAGGAACAUUGAACUGAUCGUAACUCAAAAAUACUUGUCUGAUGUUGCUUCGUAUGUAUAUCGUGGAGAAAGAGGGAGUGUGUGUGUGUGCACUUACAUAGUUAGACUUGAGCCUCGAAGGGUACCUACCUACCUGGAUUCCAC